AUGUCAGAAAGCAGGGGGAAUGAUAAUCAGGGUAGUCUCGACGGUGCUAAUUUGCUAUUGAGAGCGAGAAUGACUAUACAACUUGGUCGAAUGAUCAGGGUGGCUUGCAGAGUGAGAAUAGGGGCCUUUUACAAUUCUAGUCUGCAGCAAUCUCCAGAUCUUGGGGAAGUUGAGAGGGAGAGGGUGAGGCAAAUUGUUUGGGGAUGGAUGGAGAGUGGCAUUAGUGUCCAGAACCUAUUGUUAUGCCAAGGAAUGGCACUCCUAGGUCUGAAUGGCUUGGGAAAACGGAGCUUGAGGGGGUGA